AUGAUAAGACUCUACUCAUAUCCUUCUGAUAUUUUGAGGGGGGUGUGUUUGCCUACUGUAGUAGAGGAAUUUCUUAGACAGGCAAAGGCUGCUCGACUUUUCAUGAUGUCUGAGUCAUUUGUUUUCGAUGAUUUACUAGAGUCUGAUCUUUCUAGGGCUUUUGGUGGGAUGGAUAGACUUGACAUCUUCUUCCCAUUUGAUCCAUGUUUCUUGAAGAAAAGUGAAAGCUACAUAAGGCCAUAUUUUGUUUGCUGGUCUAAAGUCAGAACUACAUACGAUAGUGAUGGCAAUGAUGAGGUCAGUGACAGUGGCAGUGAAGUAUCAGAUGAUGAUUUUAUUGACAGGAAUGCAAAGGAUAUGAUUGAUGAUGACAUGAUGGUGAGUGUUGAAGUAGGUCUUGAUUUUGUUCCCGACUUGAACAAAAUGUCGAUCACACCCAAACAGUCUUUAAAAUAUGAUGGGUACGAGACACAAGUGGAACGUCUUACGCGAAUGCCAGCAAGAAUCAGACCAUCAACUAGUCCAGAGUCUUUGUAAUACCUAUCUGCUUGUUAUCCCUUUAUACGAUAGGAAACCUGUCAAUUUUGCAUUGUUUUAGGCUAGUAGGUACAUCUCAGAGGAUUAAGUGUGGAAUUAUAACAUUAAUGGUUGAGAUUUUGA